AUGACAAUGGAGACCAUCACCAACCUCGCAAGCAAUGCUGCCGGUGCAGCCUCCAAGCUCAUCUACGGCGACCAGACCAAGGCGGACGAGGCAGUCGACCAGACGAAGAACAACGAAACUGCCGGCAAGGAGCCUAUCUCCGGUGAGCAGGGUCAGGGCACUGUCACUCAGCCCUAUGACCAGGGCAAUCUUGCGACGGCUGAUAAGGGAACUUUCCUCGACUACUCGAACAACGAGACUGCGGGCAAAGAGCCAGUUUCCGGAGAGCUCGGUAAGGGGACUGUGACAGAGCCCUUUGACCAGGGCAACGAUGCCAAGGCGACCGAGAAGGCAGCCGAGAAGACCUCUGGCACAGAUGAGUUCCUGAAGCUCGACCCUACCACAAAGGGACCGACCGAGACCAUGACCGAAACAUCGACCGACCCCAAGAUCUACUCGGAUAGCAAGGACCCGUCCUACAUUGGCAUGCCCAUCGUCCCCCUCAACCCCGACGCUGCUACGUCAAACACUGGCGCUACCUCCUCUACAACCCAGGCCACUGGCAUCACGGACAAGGCUGGAGUAACGGAUAAGCUUUGGAAGGACACCCCACUUGACGACAUCAGUCGUUCAGGUGCGCCAGGUGCUGGUCCUACUGGUCCCAGCGAUGUUACUCCUGCGGCUCCUAGUUCCACGGCAACCACAACUACCAGCCCUGAUCCCGCCAUCAAGACCACUGCUCCCGACUCUGUAACCGGUGCUUCAAGCACAUACGCGGGUGGCGCUGAUACCGACACUAAGACUGAUGCCGAGAAGGCCUCUGCGAACCGCGACACUCCAGAGUGGACAUCAACAGGCGUUCCUUCUGACAGCAGCAACUUCGAAGCGGCUGCUGCCAAACAGAACGCUGCCUCUGGUUUGUGGACACGGGAACCCGGACAAAGUCGGGGUAGUACUGACGGUGCCGCAGGUAUAACUGGAGAGCAUUCAGGUCGCAAGUCCGAGUCUGCCGAUUUGACUACAUCCCCAAGCGGCGAGGAGAAGGGUGGAAAGAUGUCGCACUUGAAGGAGAAGAUGAAGAACAAGCUUCACAUCGGCUCCAAGGACAAAUAG